AUAAGUGGGGGAUGUAUUCUCCCUCCCCGCUAUCUACGCCCCUUGAACUUUAAAUAUAGGUUAGCCUGAAAAAUACGCGAGAAAAAACGAGUGCCAACUGGUAGCAGAGCACAUAAAUCACUGUGAUUUAUGUGCUCUGCUGGUAGCUAACACAUCACCACGCAUUCCAGGCAUGAAGCCAAUACACAACUGGCCGGGAAGUUCCGUUGCAUAUUUCUAAGAAAGGGUGCAUGCAGUACAUACGUCCGGGAUAGAAAAGAUCAUACUUGCCAAUAUAGACGUCAUAGCAACGUAGACGAGCCAAGAAGAGAACGCGCGCAUUACUGUGUUAAUCUGCUAUCAUGGCUCGCGCCCUUCUGAAGCUUCUCUUCGCCUGUUGCAUGAUCAAAUGCGCACAGUUUACCACUACCAGCACCCCGGCCACGAAUACGACGAGCGGAGGCCCCGUCGCCAAUGUCUACACGAGUGAACCGGUGGCCGAGUCGAGUUUUGAUCAGGGAGGAAUUGAAUAUGUGAAUCGAACAGUAGGCGCAAUGGAGUCGAUCGCGAUCGCCGUUAAGCAACUAGCGGCUCUGCAGCAGGAGCAAGCGGCAAACAGCGGAAGCAACGCACAAAUAGGCGCCACCUUCGCCAUCGUCAACAUCAUCAACGACAGAGUCGCAAGAAUCGAGAAGCAAAUUGGGGCGAUGGGGCGCACUCUGCAAUCACUAGAGCAAAAGUGCGAAACACUGAAUGGAAUGACGCUUGCAGAAACGAUGAUCGACUUUUUAGAACAACAUUUUGGCGGCACACGUAAGCGCCAAGUUAUACCAUGCUAUACGCUACACCGUUAUAUACCAGUUUCACCCUGAUAUUCGUUACACCAUGUUAUAUUUUAGAUCAUACAAUGACGCGUUAUUGGCUAACCUCAUACCCGCGGUUCCUCCAUGCU